UCUUAGCGCGGAUUGCUUUUAAUUACCAUAAUGCCCAUAAACUUUAAUAUUGGCCUGCUCGGGCAUGUGGACAGCGGGAAAACCACUUUGGCCAAGGCUCUAAGUUCAAUUUCCAGCACGGCAGCCUUCGACAAGAAUCCUCAGUCGGUAGAGCGAGGAAUCACUUUGGAUUUGGGCUUCAGUGGACUUUUGGUGGAUCCGCCUGCGAAUUUCUCUCAAGGAGAGCAACUCCAAUUCACCUUCGUCGAUUGCCCGGGGCAUGCAAGCCUCAUACGGACUAUUAUAGGAGGUGCCCAGAUCAUAGAUCUCAUGCUUCUCGUGGUUGACGCUCAAAAAGGGAUCCAAACACAAACUGCAGAGUGCCUGAUUAUCGGAGAGUUGCUGCAGAAAAAGCUGAUUGUUGUGAUUAAUAAAAUAGAUGUUUAUCCAGAGGACCAAAGAGAGUCAAAGCUGGAGAAACUUCGCUCCCGUCUUGCCAAGACUCUAGAAGCAACCAGUUUUAGUGGUGAAGUGCCCAUGUAUUCAGUGUCUGCUCUGGAGGGAACCAACAUUACUGAGUUAAGAAAUGGAUUAAGAGAAGCCUUUUUUCAGCCCGUAAGGAACGUAUCUGAUCCUCUGCUGAUGUAUGUUGAUCACUGUUUCGGAAUAAAGGGCCAAGGAACCGUCUGCACAGGUACGCUGCUCCAAGGAAGGGUUCAGGUAAACGAUGUAAUAGAACUACCAGCUUUGGGUGAGCAGCGAAAAGUGAAGUCCAUGCAGAUGUUCCGCCAAAACGUAACCAGCGCCUCAAUGGGCGAUAGAAUUGGCCUUUGUGUUACCCAGUUUAAUGCCAAGCUGUUGGAACGCGGUAUAAUUACCCAGCCUGGUUACAUAAAACCCAUAUACGCCGUGUGCCUACAGCUAAAGCCAAUCCGCUACUACAAACAUGCCAUAAAGUCGAAGAGCAAACUCCACAUCUCCGUGGGACAUGACACAAUAAUGGCAAAUGUUACUUUAUUUCGCGAUAUGGACAAUCCAUCAACAGAGUUUCAGUUGGACAAGGAAUAUGAGUAUGUGGAGGAAAUUCAAACAGCGGAAGUUCUUCCCACUGAAAUUGUAUUCGCCCUGCUGCAGUUUGAAACUCCUGUACUGACGCCUCCAAAUUCAACCCUGAUUGCCUCUAAACUGGACAUGGAUGUGCAUAGUAGCAGCUGUCGAUUGGCCUUCUGGGGACGAAUCUCCUGGCAGACUCAGAGUUCGAAAUACAUUCAAGAUGAGCUACCAAAACUACGAGUUUUCAAGCGCAAACAGAAAGUAGGAAACAUUCAACGUGUUGUGAACGCCAACGAAGUGAUUGUUCAGAAUCUUUUUAAAAAGGAAGCUAAACGCGAUCUGUACGUGGGAAAGUUGGUGGAGCUUUCAUCUGGCGAAAAAGGUCGUAUUGAUCGUACUUUUGGUCAGACCUCGAAAGUUGCAAUUACCUUUCCGGAAGCUUUGUCGCCCGAAACAAUAACUAACAUAAAGAAUAUACAAGUUUUACUUAACUGUAAAAAGUAUGUGUUUAAUAAACAGGCCGGCCUGUUUCAAUGACAAAUUCUGAAGUA